GGACAGCGACUCCCAGAGCCGGAAGUGACACACACCCAUCUCCGUAACACAGAACUAGACAUGGAGAGCUCUGUGUGUGUUCGGCGUGUCUUUAAAGGUCGGAAACCUUUUGCUGAAUAAUCGGAGCCCGAUGAAAGGACACGGCUUAUUCACAUCAUCUGAGGCAUCUGAUUGAAGACCUGUAGCCAUGGAAGUCUCCAAACCUAAUAAUAACACUUUCCCAAGUUUGGGGGAUCUGGACGACUUCCUCACCAAGCACAACUCCAACUUUGUUUGGCUUCUUGUGGCCACUAUUCUGUCUUGCGGAUGGAUUAUCUAUUUAACCUAUUAUAACUCCCGCAACAUCGGCCUCAUCCUCACCAUCAUCAUCAACCGGUUGUACAAGGAUGGCUACAUUCACAUUGGCUCCUUCUCGUUCUCUGUCCUGUCGGGGAAGGUCAUGUUCAGAGAUGUCUACUUCAUCAACCAGGACAUGUCUAUUCGGAUACAAGACGGUUUCCUCAUAUUCCGGUGGUGGAAAAUGUUUAACCCCAAACAGAAACAACACGAUCCCAAAGCAGAGACCAGGCUGUAUGUUACCGUCAAUGGCUUUGAGUUUCAUGUCUACAAUCGCACUGGCCUCUACGCUCAGCUCCAAGAGAUCUUUGGCCUGGAGCCCACCCUUAUCAACCCCUCGAAAUAUGAGGAGAAGUCACAUGAGGACAGGGGAGCGACACUGGACAGUGUUACCAUCAAGGAGGAGAUCCCAGACCCUUCAUCAUCCUGGCGCUCCCUUAUCCCGGUCAUCAAGGUUAACAUUAGUACGGGUCGCUUGGCCUUUGGGAACCACCACCUUCCCCAGACCUUGUGUGUGAACUUCGAGGACGCCUUCCUGACCUACGCCACCAAGCCGCCCUCCAGCCACCGGGACCGCUUCAUGCACAUCCUGAAGGGCUCGCUGGAGAACGUCCGCGUGAUGCUGGUGCCCAGUCCUCGUUACGUGGGCAUGCAGAACGACGAACCUCCGAGACUGAUGGGAGAAGGCUUUGUUGUGAUGCAGUCCAAUGAUGUUGAUAUAUACUACUACCAAGAUGAACCAGGUCUGGUUCCUGAGGAGCAGGACAGCGGUGAGGUGGAGGUGGGCGGCGUGGAAGACAAGCUGCAGGAUCUGCCACCCUGCCGGGGCCUGGACAUCGUCUGCGGCAAAGGAACCGACUUCAAUUACGGACCCUGGGCCGACCGCCAAAGAGAUGCUCUGUGGAAGUUCUUUCUUCCGGCGGACUACCAGGCCAUGAAGGUGACAGAGGAAUCCCAACCGGGGAAACUACGGCAGAUCCUGGCCUUCGAGCUGCGCAUGAACAUCAUCGACAACGCCACCAUCGACCUGCUCUUCACCAAGAACAGGGAGACCAAUGCCAUUCAUGUCAACGUUGGUGCGGGCUCCUACCUGGAGGUCAAUAUCCCCAUGACCGUAGGAGAGGAAGGUUAUUCUCCUACCAUUAAGGGUCAGUUGCUUCAUGUCGACACCACCAGCAGCAUGCAGUACAGGACCCUGCUGGAGGCAGAGAUGCUGGCUUUUCACGUGAUCGCCAGCUAUCCUCGAGUUUGGAACAUGCCUCAGUCAUGGCAAUGUGAGAUUGAGGUUUACAAGGCAACCUAUCACUUCAUCUACGCUCAGAAAAACUUUUUCACUGACCUCAUCCAGGAUUGGGCGAGCGACAGUGCCCCAGACAUAUACUCCUUUGUGCCCUACGCAUGGAAGUUCAAGGUCCUCUUCCACCAGUUUGAGAUGAUCUGGGCGGCCAACCAGCACAACUGGAUCGACUGUUCCACCAAGCAUCAGGAGAACGUGUAUCUCGCUGCCUGUGGGGAGACUCUCAACUUGGAUUUCACUUUGCCUUUCAAUGAGUUUGUCCCAACGACCUGCAACACCCGCUUCAAUCUUAGGGUGAGUCGCAACAACGCAUUGUUGAAUGUUGAAAUUAUUCUCAAUAAUGCAGAGUAUUUAAUAGUGCAAAAACAAAAACAUAGUGUCUUUAAAAACAAAUAUUUCCAAACAUGUCCGUCCCAGCGGUUGAUUAUUGUGAGCAGGAGAAGGGUGAUGUUGCCUUGGUUGAGGCUUUUUGAGGCUCCUGGCAAUAAGAUCAACGGCUCUCACCCCUACCAGUCGCUGAGCUACACCAGCGGCGACACGGCCGCCGACUCCCCGGCCCACAUCAGCCGGGUAGGGAUGGCCAACAAGGACAGCCCUCGAAAAGAGAGCCUUCUGAGCAACCUGACGGGCAGCUUCAGGAGCCUGCACAACCUGCUGGAAGGCACACCCCAGAGGAACGAACCACCCGCCACGGUGGCCAAGAGCACCUCCCUCACACGCACAGGAAACAGUCUGGGGACGGACGUGCUGACGGAACACCCGCUGCUUUCCGAGCCCUCUUCGGUCAGCUUCUACAACUGGAUGUCCAACGCCGUGGGGAACAGGACCGGGGCGGGGUGCCAGGAGUCCCCAGUGGCCCGCUCCAAUCACAACGUCCUUCAGACAGGUGGCACAUGCAACCUGCCGACCAUCGCCUCAGCAUCAGACUUUAACACGGUGCUCUCCAGUGACCAGAACACGCUGGACGGCACCCAGUCCCAGCACUCCCAGCACAGCACCAGUCAGGACGACAUGGCCGACAUCGAGGAGGGCACCCAGUGCCCGGCCGCCGUGCAGCUCGCCGACGCCCAGGUGGUCUUCAAGCCUCUGUUGAGCCACACCGGGAUCCAGGCGCAGGACGCCACCCCUCUCAGCUACAAGAUGUACUUUGGAGAACACCUCUCCUUCUCCGGUACCCUGGAGUGUCUCCGGGCAGACAUCGUGGACUCAGACACCUCCAAAGAGCGCAAGAAUAAAAGAUCCAGACGACAGGGCAGAGUGAACCUCCCUCCCCUGGAGUUCAAGCCAGCGCUGCUGAUCGAGACCUUCAGCCUGAAUGCGGUGGUGAUGGAGAAGUCGUCCAGCUCCCCGCAGUGCCCUACGGCCGCGCCGCUCUCCUUCCACGACCUCAACCGGCGCCACUACAACACCUUCCACUGCGACUUCACGGCGGCGUGCCAAUCCAUCAGCCAGCGCGUGGACAUGGCCCUGGUGCGGCUCAUCCACCAGUUCAGCACCAUGAUCGACGACAUCAAGGCCACGCAGACGGACAUCAAGCUGAGCCGCUACACCGCCGGCUCCACCUCGCCCACACCAACCUUCAAGGCCCGGCCGUACCGACACUUCCGAUCGUCUGACUUCAGCCGCAGCUCCAGGGGGAGUCUCAACGGGGCGGCCCGCAGCGGCAACCAGACCCUGAAGAGCAAGAGAGGAGUGGGGGGCGGGGGCGGUGCGGGGACAGCCGGCGGGGCGCCCCCUAAUGGCCCUGCGUCCGCUACCGACACCUUUGGAAGGAGAGAGCCCCGGGGGAGGAGCUCCCUGGGGCGAUCGGAGCGGAGGACCUCGAAGAUAUCGCGGAAAGGCUCUCGGGAUGUGGCCGAUCACAUGGCCAUCCAGAUGGACGACUCAGACUCAAUCACGGUGUCGGAGCAGAGCGAGCCCUCGGCAGAGUGCUGGCAGAACAUGUACAAGCUGCUCAACUUCUACUCGCUCAUCUCAGACCCCACGGGCAUCCUAGAGAAGAGCUCCCCGGAGAACUGCAUCGCAGACGUCUGCCGCUCCUCCGAGCCGCUCUGCAAGGUGGUCUUUGAGAACGAGCAGCAGGAGUCGGCCACGCCCAACAAGCUGCUGGGCGUGGGCGGGAGGCGCCGCAGCCUGCUGAGCUCCGAGCCACAGCACGUCACUCUGAUCGUGUUCGGCAUCGGCAUGGUGAACCGCACGCACCUGGAGGCCGACAUCGGCGGCCUGACCAUGGAGGCGGAGCUCAAGAAGAUCCACGGCAGCUUCACGCUGAAGGACAAGAUGAAAGAUAUCCUGCACCAGAAGAUGACCGAGACAUGCGCCUCAGCUCAUAUCGGUGGAGUCAACAUUGUUCUCCUGGAAGGGAUAACUCCAGAUAUCCAGACGGUGGUGAAGUGCAACAUCUCCAAGUCCCAGGCCCUGUACAGCGCCCAGCGGGGCCUGAAGACCAACAACACGGCCGUGUUCAAAGUGGGGGCCAUCCUGAUCAACAUCCCACAGCACCCAGCCACCCUCCACAGCAUGAUGGUCCGCAGCUCUCACCAGCUCUCCAAGCAGAUCUCUGACCUCAUCCGCCAGCCCUCCAACAGUGCUCCCGCUCACAGAGAGGACACGCCCACGCCACAGUCCUCCGACAAGCAGCCCAGCGUGCACCAGACCCCCGUGGAGGCCAACGAGUUCCCCCAGCUCCCCGAGGGGCUGGAGAAGAAGCCCAUCGUGCUGAAGUUCAGCGCCAUGCUGGACGGCAUCACCAUCGGCGCCGCUCUGCUGCCAUCACUGAAGGCCGAGUACAAGAUGGGCCGCAUGAAGAGCCACGGCAUGACAGGUGCCCAGACCAGUUUCACCUUUGAGUUGCCGAACCACAAGCUGUGUUUCCAGUCUAAGGUGUCUCCCGUGGACAUGUCCACCAUGCCUCCGUCGGCCAGCCUCAACCUGCCGCCUAUCACCAUGUCCGGAGAAUACAUCAUGGAGGAGCACGACGGCCACACCGACCAGGGCUGGGCGCCCGAGGACUUUGCUACCAAGCAAGCCAACUACCUGCAGGGGAACUACCUUCGCUGUGUGGCUGAGAUCGGCUCGUUUGAGCACAACCUCACCACAGACCUUCUGAACCACUUGGUGUUUCUCCAGAAGGUCUUCAUGAAGGAGGUUAAUGAAGUCAUCCAGAAGGUUUCAGGCGGAGAGCAGCCCAUUCCCCUGUGGAACGAGCACGACAUCUCAACAGAUGCAGACAAGCCUAAAAUCCUGCUGUAUUCUCUCAGCCUCAUGUUCAAGGGUAUCCAGAUGACCGCCACCACCCCCUCCAUGCGGGCGGUGCGCUUCGAGACGGGCCUGAUCGAGCUGGAGCUCUCAAACAGGAUCCAGUGCAAGGCCCAGCCCGGCGGGGGCAGCAGCUACCUCAAACUGUUUGGGAAGUGUCAGGUGGACCUGCACCUGGCCCUGGGGCAGAUCGUGAAGCACCAGGUAUAUGAGGAGGCGGGAUCAGACUUCCACCAGGUUGCGUACUUCCGGACACGGAUCGGCCUGCGGAACGCCCUGCAGGAGGAGAUCAGUGGCUCCUCCGACAAGGAGGCCGUCCUCAUCACGCUCAACAGGCCGAUCGUGUUUGCUCAACCAGUGGCCUUUGACAGAGCUGUACUCUUCUGGCUGAACUACAAGGCGGCGUACGAUAACUGGAACGAGCAGCGCCUGGCUCUGAAUAAAGACAUCCAUGUGGCCACCAAGGAGGUGGUGGACAAGCUGCCGGGGAUCCAGCAGACCUCUGCCCAGGCCUUCAGCACCCUGUUCCUGCAGCUGACCGUCAACGACCUGGGCAUCUGCCUCCCCAUCACCAACGCAGCUCAGUCCGCCCCUCAGGCCAACCACACGGUGGAGUUUGACACCGGCUCUGCCCUGGUGUUGACCAUCGAGAGCACGCUGAUCACCGCCUGCUCCUCUGAGUCGCUGGUCAGCAAGGGCCAUUUCAAAAACUUCUGCAUCCGCUUCGCCGAGGGCUUCGAGACGUCCUGGGACGACUGGAAGCCUGAGAUCCGCAGCGACCUGGUCAUCAACGCAUGCGUGGUUCCCGAUGGGACGUACGAGGUGUGCUCCAGGACGACCGGCCAGGCCUCCGCAGAGAGCAGCAGCGCCGGGACCUGGACCCUCAACGUGCUGUGGAAAAUGUGCGGCAUUGACGUCCAUAUGGACCCUAACAUCGGCAAGCGUCUCAACGCCCUCGGCAACACGCUGACCUCCCUGACUGGGGAGGAGGACACGGAGGACAUCGCCGAGCGGACCUCUCCCAUGGCCGACCUCUCGGAUGAGGAUGACGCCGACACGAUGUCUCCCAGCCCUCACAUGAGCCCAGAGGUCCCUUUUAGCCCGAGGCUGACAUUGCGGAAGCGACUGGUAAAUCACAUCCUGGGUCUCAGCCCCCGGCCACAGAGUGUUUCUUCACCGGCCGACUACUUAAACUGUGCAACUCCCCGCCUGGAAGCAGGCGAUACAAAGACCCUGAGACCCCUCUCCUGGGGCUGUGAGCCGGUUGACCCGAGGAGACAACUGGUGACGGGAAACCAAGUGGUAGAUGCACGUGGACGCAAGUUUACCAAGAGGCUGGUGGACAUCAGAGAGCUGAACGAACAAGCCAAGGUCAUCGAUGACCUCAAGAAACUUGGAGCCAGUGAAGGUACCAUUAACCAGGAGAUUCAGCGGUACCAGCAGCUUGAGUCUGUCGCUGUCAACGACAUCAGGAGAGACGUCCGGAAGAAGCUUCGGAGAUCCAGCAUGAGGGCAGCAUCGCUGAAAGAUAAGUGGGGCCUGGGCUACAAGCCAAGCUACAACCGCUCCAAGAGCAUCUCAGCAGCAGCGGGAAGACCCCCUCUGAAGAAACUGGACCGCCAAAGCUCCAAGGCAGCAGAUGUGGAGGACCUGCCUGACGUCCGCAUGGAGGCGUCCUCCCCAGGACCUAGGGUCACCUUCAACAUCCAGGACACGAUCAAUAAGGAAGCCAUGGACUCCACAAACAUGCCUCUCAGUCCAGGAGAGGUAUUCAAGUUCCCAGAAGAGACAGAAUCCGAGCUGCUGUGCGGCGGCCCUGAUGAGCCACCACAUCCCCAUCAUCUUGUCCAUCCUCAUCAUCAUCAUCAUCAUCAUCAUCAUCCUCAAACACCUAGUAGUGAGGGCCACUACCCGGUGUUCAGUGCCCCCGCAACCCCCGCUGUCUUCUCACCCGCACUUCCUUUCCAGCACGACGGGGGUCACCACCAGGGCGAGCUGUCCUCUUCGUCCUCCGAGGACACAGACAAAGAUGAGGACUAUGAGCGAGUGCGGCCCUUCAGCUAUCGCAGACCGCUCCAAAUGGCCCAGAAGAAGGCCUCGGGGUUCGCCGCCGUCAGCCAGCUGUUCAGCGAGCGCUGGCCCAGCGCGCCCUCUGGCCGCAGCUUCCUCAGCCCCCCCAUCGAGCGCAACAUCGACUUUGAGCUAGACGUCCGGGUGGAGAUCGACAGCGGGAAGUGUGUCCUUCACCCGACCCCCUCCCAGCCGGAGCACGAGGAGGUCUCCUUCAAAAGGAGCUGCGAUCGCAGCCUGCGCAGUCUGGACCAGGAAUCCCCGCCCAAGAAGAAGAAGUUGCAGCCUGCAUACAGUUCCACAAGCCACCUCCUCACCGGAAAGAAGUGCCCCUCCACCCUGCAGACCAAGUCCAACGACCUGGAGACCACAGUCUUCUAUAUCCCCGGGGUGGACGUCAAGCUCCACUACAACUCCAAGACCCUAAAGACGGAGUCGCCAAGCGUCUCCCGGGGGUCCUCGCUCCCAUUCUCCAAAGAAUCCAAGCUGUUUGGUAUGAAAGAUGUGGACAGUCUCGCCAACGCUGUUCCAAGCAAGACUAACUCUCUCACAGCUCCCCUGCUGCCAUCCCUCACUUCAGCCAAGGCCAAGGGUAGCGGCGGGGUGAAGACAGCCAAACUGUAUGCUUGGGUCGCUCUCCAAACCCUACCAGAGGAAAUGGUCAUCAGCCCCUGUCUCCUGGACUUCCUGGAGAAGGCCCUGGAGACCAUUCCCAUCACGCCAGUGGAGAGGAACUAUACAUCAGCGACCUCCCAAGAGGAGGACCUUGGCCAAUUUGAACCGGUUGAUUCUCUGGAGGAGUCGGCCACGUCGCUGGUUUCCUCCUCCACCUCAGCCUACUCCUCCUUCCCUGUGGACGUGGUGGUCUAUGUCAGAGUCCAGCCCUCCCAGAUCCGGUUCAGCUGUCUCCCCAUGUCCCGAGUAGAGUGCAUGCUCAAACUGCCCUCACUGGACCUCGUCUUCUCCUCCAACCGCGGGGAGCUUGAGGUCCCGGCUGUGGCGGCCCACCCCAACGACGGACAACACAUCCCCCACUCCACGCCCCCGGGGCAGCACAUCCCCAAACCCCCCCCGGGCAAAGCUUCUCCCCUCCUGGGCAGUCCGCUGGGCCGCAGCAGACAGAGUAGCAGCCAGUCAGACCUCUCCGGCCCCCCCGCUAACUCCUCCUCGGGCCUCAGCUUUACCGCCUGCAUGUCGGACUUCUCCCUGUACGUCUUCCACCCGUACGGCGCCGGCAAGCAGAAACCCAACAUGACGGGCCUUCCGUCCGGCCCGGGGAACCUCGGUACAGUUGAGGAGGAGGCCUCUUCAGUGACGGGAAGGAAGGACUCUCUGAGCAUCAACCUAGAGUUUGUUAAAGUCAGUCUGUCCAGGAUGAGGCGCACCGGGGGACCCACCUUCCUGGAGAGUUUCAUCCCCACUAAGGGUGGUAAGAUGGACACCACCCUGAUCAAUAUCUCAGCAGUGUGCGACAUCGGUUCAGCCUCCUUUAAGUACGACAUGAGGCGUCUGAGUGAGAUCUUGGCGUUCCCCCGGGCCUGGUACCGUCGGAGCAUCGCUCGCCGCCUCUUCCUCGGAGACCAGACCAUCAACCUGCCAGCCUCUGGCCCGGCGACGCCCGACUCCUCUGAGAACGCGUCUCAGCACCUCUCCCCCGAGGCCAGCCGCAAGGCCUACUGGAGGACCUGGGACGGCAGCACCGGGGGCCACGCCUCCCCCAACUUGUUCUCGGACCACUUGGUCAACACGUCCCUGGGGGGCUUCUCCCACCUCAAGUCCCCCAUCCCGGUCCGCACCAGGAGCGUGUCGGACUCCUCGGCCCCGAGACAAGACUGUGUGACGAGGACGUCCACCCCGUCCUCCGCCAAGAAUGGGAAGGUGUCCGGGCCGCAGGGCACCCCGUGGGAGACGCUGGUGGUGUUCGCUAUCAACCUCAAGCAGCUCAACGUCCAGAUGAACAUGAGCAACGUGAUGGGGAACAACACGUGGACCACCAGCGGUCUGAAGAGCCAGGGCCGCCUGUCCGUGGGCAGCAAUCGGGACCGGGAGAUCAGCAUGUCGGUCGGCCUGGGGCGGUCCAAGCUGGACUCCAAAGGGGGCGUGGUGGGGGGCAAUAUCGACGUGAACACUCUGGAGAUGGUCUCACACAUCUCCGAGCACCCAAACCAGCAGCCCAGCCACAAGAUCCAGAUCACCAUGGGCUCCACCGAGGCCCGCGUGGACUACAUGGGGUCCUCUAUCCUCAUGGGGGUGUUCAGCAACGCCGACCUCCAGCUCCAAGAUGAGUGGAAGGUCAACCUCAACACGGUGGACACCAGCCUCUCAGAGAAGAGUGAGAUCUUCAUCCACGGAGACCUGCAGUGGGACAUCUUCCAGGUGAUCAUCUCCCGGAGCACUACGCCCGACCUCAUCAAGAUCGGCAUGAAGCUCCAGGAGUUCUUCACUCAGCAGUUCGACACCAGCAAGAGAGCCCUGUCUACAUGGGGCCCUGGCUCCUACCUCCCCCCCAAAGCCCCUCUGAUCAACAUCGAGAAAGGAGCAACAGAACUCUAUCUGGAUGCCGCCCAUCACCGCCACUGGCCCGGGGUCCUGAAGGUGAUCGCCGGCUGCCACAUAUCCCUCUUCCAGAUGCCCCUCCCUGAGGACGCCGUGCAGCUCGGAGGGUCCAUGAGCCUCCACGGCAAUCACAUGACUCUGGCCUGCUUCCACGGACCAAACUUCCGCUCCAAGUCAUGGGCCCUGUUUCACUUGGAAGAGCCCAACAUCGCCUUCUGGACAGAGGCCCAGAAGAUCUGGGAGGAUGGCUCAAAUGAUGACUCCACCUACAUCGUACAGACUCUGGACUUCCAUCUGGGUCACAACACCAUGGUGACCAAACCCUGCGGUGCGCUAGAAAGUCCCAUGGCUACCAUCACAAAAAUAACCCGCCGCCGCCACGAAAACCCGCCCCAUGGCGUGGCCACAGUCCAGGAGUGGUUUAACUACGUCACUGCCAUGAGGAAUGAAGAGUUAAACUUACUGCGGAAUGUUGACACCAACAAUGAGGAAAAUGGAUCCACCACCAAGAGCUCCAGCUUGCUCAGCAGCUUCCGCGGUUCCUCGAGCUACAACCACGAGACAGAGACCAUCUUCGCUCUGCCCAGGAUGCAGCUCGACUUCAAGUCCAUCCACGUCCAGGAGCCAGACGAGCCCUCACUAACGGACUCCGACAGCAAGCCUAAGGUGGAGUGCAGCGUGGUCACAGAGUUCACAGAUCAUAUCUGCGUCACCAUGGAUGCUGAGCUCAUCAUGUUCCUCCAUGACCUGGUGUCGGCCUAUCUGAAGGAGAAGGAGAAAGCUCUCUUUGCCCCCCGGAUCUUCACCACCAGGCCUGGUCAGAAGAGCCCCACGACCCUCCAUGAUGACAGCUCCUCAGACAAGGAGGAGGGCAUCAACUACACCACCGUGGACUGGAGGGAGUUCAUGUGCAACACGUGGCACCUGGAGCCCACACUCCGGCUUAUUUCUUGGACUGGACGCAAGAUUGACCCAGUGGGCGUGGACUAUAUAUUGCAAAAACUGGGUUUCCAUCACGCCAGGACUACGAUCCCCAAGUGGCUCCAGAGGGGUGUGAUGGACCCCUUGGACAAGGUUCUGUCUGUGCUCAUCAAAAAGCUUGGCACAGCUCUACAAGAUGAGAAGGAAAAGAAAGGCAGAGAUAAAGAAGACCACUAAAGAUACACUGCACUCUCUUAAGCCUCUCUACUGUUCAAUGCAUUUGUCAGAGUAGCCUUACUUCUAAAUGUGUUGAUUGCAAAGUAUUUUACUAUUGUGCUAUGUGAGUAGUUUCCUCACCUCAACGUGUCGUUUUUUAUCAAUAUAUCGUAUGGUAAUUGAAUGGAAAAAGUUGUAGCAUUGCUUAUAAACAACCCUUCUAAAAAAAGAUGUGAAUCAACUCUUAAAUUAUGUUAUUAACCAACUAGAAAAAAAUUAUAUUAAGGCUGGCCGAUAUUUAAGAAACAUUUUCUUUAAAAAACUACCUUUUUAGACUCGUACCUUUUCUUCAAUAUGUUUACUAUCAAUUUGGAGGUAAACAUAAUUUUUGUUUAAAUGUUCAUCCAUAGUCACAUUUUGUCUACUUUUAACAUCACAAUGGAAUGAACUUGUACUUGUAAAGACCCAUUGAUUGUACAUGUAUAAUUUGUCUUAUAUAUAUAUAUAUAUAAAUAAUAUGUCUCUGUAAAUAACUUGAUUACUGAUUGCUUGGUAUAAUAAAAACAAUAAUUUACAUUGAUUGAAUAUUGCUUAAGGAUAGAAUGAUACUCAAGUCUUCACUGAAAUAAAGCGCAAUUUUUGGGACGUGCUUAUGCAAGCCUGCAUAUUAAUUCUUAAAUGAGGUAUAAAUCUCAAACUUGAUUUUGAGAUGGGGGUCAAUAAAAAAAAGUGAUCACGUCAAGCAUCAAGCAGUUGAAACUAAGUAACUGAGUAAUGGAGUGUAAAGUUUGAAGCAUAUGUCUGUUGUAAAGGAUAAUAAAUGAAAUAAAAAUAAGUUUCUUCAUUCUAUCAUGCUCAUGGACAAAAACCUGCUGAUUCCCAAUACUAAUUAUUAAAAAAAAGUGAAGGUGAUAAAUAGGAACCCUGGAUGGCUUAUAGUUUCCUCACCUCUUGAGAACAAAGUAAAGUACAAACUAAAACACAUUACCUGAAAACACACAAUGCAUGAUUUGCUUGAGGCUAAUUUGCAUAAAGAAAGCGGAACCCCUAUGAAAUGCAAACCGUUAUGUAGGAUGGGGUGUAUUAAGGUUAACCGUGCACUUUGGGUAUUAGUCUUUAUUUAUUUUUUAAUGAUCGUUGGCAUAGAAAUUUAAAUUUCCCCUCCUAAUUUGCAUACAAGGCACAAUGAAUAAAAAGAUAACUUAAAUUGUGUAAAAUAAUGGGACAAAUUAUAACAUUUGG